AUGCUAGCGGGCGAUGUCACACGACAGAAACAUACUAACAUUAGCUACGGCGGUAUAAAUAACACCUAUGGCUACUUCGACGAUACGAGAUUGUUAACUCUCCUACAAAAUAAAGGAAACAAGAGCUCGAAUUUAGAAGAAUGGUUGAGAACGUUGGAAGAUUUUAGAAAUAAAUAUAAUAUAUCUGUAGUAAAAGAGUGCGACCGUUUUGAUUAUUGUUCGGGAGAAAUAAGGAACUUAAUAGUUUCGUAUAAUAGUAUUCAUGGAUACAUUAGCUUAUUGAUAUGUCUCUUCGGUAGUUUAGCUAACGUAUUAAAUGUAGUGGUUUUGACGAGAAAGGACCUUGCGGCUGCUCCAAUCAACAGACUACUAAAGUGGCUAGCGGUGGCCGACGUGUUUGUGAUGAUGGAGUAUGUACCGUUUGCCAUUUACAGGUACCUGUUAUUCCCCGGUCAAGUGGACAGGCCCUACUCCUGGGCAGUGUACAUGCUGUUCCACAUGCACUUCACGCAGAUCCUGCACACCGCCUCCAUAUUACUCACGCUGUCGCUGGCCAUCUGGCGGUACAUCGCUAUCAAGUAUCCCUCACUCGGACCGUCCUUGUGUACUGAAAAGAGAUGUUCUCUAGCUAUCAUAAGUAGCUUUCUGCUGCCUCCGAUACUGUGCAUUCCAUCGUAUUUAGUAUUCACGAUACACGAAGACUUUACUUUAGACCGGCCCCCGUCGAAGGUUUACUAUGUGGAUUCGAAUUACGACGGUAGCCUUUAUCAGAUGAACUUUUGGGUCCACUCUGUUGUUAUUAAGUUACUGCCUUGCGUGAUCCUAACAGUGAUUAGUGCGUGGUUAAUCCGGGUGUUAUACCGAGCGAAUAGCCGGAAAAAAGCACUCAAGGGAUAUAGUGCUUGCCCAGUAAGUACCGUCGUCAAUGGCAACGGGAAUCUUUUCACGAGAAAGUCGACUAAGCGAUCUAAAGCCGAGAGGAGGACAGACCGAACCACGAGAAUGCUUGUCGCAGUACUUCUUUUGUUCCUAUUGACAGAAUUCCCACAAGGUAUUUUGGGUUUAAUGAGCGGCUUGUUGGGCAGAUGUUUCUUCAAGAGAUGCUACGAUCUCUUCGGCGAGUUAAUGGACGCUCUCGCUCUCCUCAACGGAGCCAUCAAUUUCAUUCUAUACUGCUCCAUGUCUAAGCAGUUCAGGACAAACUUCAGACAAAUUCUUUGGAACCGAUGUUCUCCGACUCCUCGUGCCAGCUCUCAUACAGAGUUACAAACCACAUAUGUAUGAAAGAGAAUGAAACAAAACAAUCAUAUUUAAAAAUAACAACAAGUUAGAGGAAAAUUAAACUAAAAUGGAAGAAGUUUUUCUAUAAGCUACGAAAUAGUAAUGAGUAAAUUAUU